AUGGCUUCUUCAUCAAAUGCUAGUGAGUUUAAUGUUGGUUUGGGUAUGAAAGUAUCAUAUGUGCCCAAAAGCAUACCCAAUUUGAUAAAAGAUUUAUCAAAAGAUGAAUCUAGUGAUGAGGUCAAGCUUUUGAUUUUGAGUGGUUACCUUGUUAAGUAUAAAGAAGAACUCAUUUUUGCUGAUCUUUUUAACCAAGAACUUCCUCAAUGCAGGCUCUUGUUAUUGGAUGCAAUUGAGCUAUUGGAAGAGGAAAUUAAGAGAAUAAAGAGAGGCAUGGGGCUUGAAGCUGCUGAAAAAAUAAUUUCAGGAGAAAAAGAAAUUAUUGUUUCAGAAAUGAAGAACAGGAUCAUGAGCAUUGAUGAGAUAUCUAAUAUAGACUUGAAUAAUCCUUCUAUUGAUGAUCAUCAUGUGCAACAAUGGAGUAACCCUAGCAAUAUCAUGCAAGACAAUACAACGCUACUCACAAACCAGGCAGCUAAUUUAUCACUUGAUCAAUCUGCAAGGGGAAACCAAGUUGGCAUUGAUAACGAGAAAUGUUUGGGAGUGAAUGAUAGCAAGCUGAUGAAAUAUAAGCUGAAGCCAUUAACACAGACUAUUUGGAGAAACAAUAGGAGAUCAUGGACGCCUGAGCUUCAUGCUAGGUUUGUGGUUGUUCUUCAUAUGCUAGGAGGACCUGAAGAACUCAAAAAGCAAUAG